AGGGGGGGGGAGGCUGCUGUGCACCCGUCGGAGGUGUCAGCCUGUCGCAGCGGCUCGGGGUUUGACAUUAAGAAAAGAGCGCGUCCACGCUGCAAAGCGGGGAGAUCCGUCGCGUAUCGAAGGCACCGAUCCUCUCCGAUCGGAGCGGCUCCAGGCGGACACGCAUCAGACCGAGGAUACAUGGAUGCGCACAGACGCGGUGCAAUCGGAAUUCACUUGUCAACCGGUGCAAGGAAUCUCGGGGUGUAAUGGGGAAUACGACACCCAAACCUUUGACAGAUGUGACUCUGCAACCCCGUCCGGUGGCCAGCAGGCAGUACUACAACCUCUCCAACAAUGGGGCCGGCGUGGAGAGAAGGACGUCUGCUUCUCCGGUCAGCGUCAACAUGGAGUCACCGCGAUUUCACCCCCACGCCAAAGGCAAGAACAUCCGGCUGGACGGGCAGCUUCGCCGCGCCACGCGCAAGAACAGCUUCUGCAACGGCAUCACUUUCAGCCACAGGCCCGUCCACCUCUAUGAGAAGGUGCGUCUUCGCCUGAGCGGCGUGCACACCGGCUGGAGUGGAGCACUGCGCUUUGGUUUCACCAGUUUGGACCCCGGCGAACUGACCCCUACAGACAUCCCCAAGUACGCCUGCCCGGACCUGGUGACGCGGCCCGGCUACUGGGCCAAAGCUCUGCCCGAGAGACUGGCCUUGAGGGACAACGUGUUGUCCUUCUGGGCCGACCGCCAUGGACGAGUUUUCUACAGCAUCAACGAUGGAGAGCCCAUCCUCUUCCACUGCGGGCUCAGCAUCGGCUGUCCGCUCUGGGCCAUCAUAGAUAUCUACGGCAUCACGCAGGAGGUCACGCUGCUCGAAAGCACGUUCGCGGAGAGUGUGGGAUCCAGCUGCCUGAGUGCGGCCCGUCUGAGUGCCUAUCUGCCCCAGAGCAGCCACGACUCGGCCAACUACAACAACAAUCAGCUGGAGAACAACCAGGCCGCUGCUGCCAAGAUGGCCAACCUCCAGAUCAAUAACUACGCGCAGCUCACCCCCUGCUGCUCCCCUACCCCGUCCUCCUCCACGCUCUCCUCGUCCGCCUCCACCGGAUUCAGCACCCCGAGGGUGGUCCGGGGCCUUCCUUCCCCGCUGGACAACGACUUGCACUUCCACCCCGUCCGUGGAUCCGACGUGGUGCUCUCCGCGGACCGCUCGGCCGCCUGCAUCCACUUUCUGGACAGCAGCCGGACUCUGGUGUUCAGCGACCGGCCGCUGCACGCGGGUGAGACUCUGUACGUGGAGGUCGGCCACCUGGGCCUUCCCUAUUUCGGGGCGUUGUUGUUCGGGCUGACCUCCUGCGACCCGGCCAGCCUACACGCCGGGGACUUACCGGCGGACCCUGAGGUGCUCCUGGACCGCAAAGAGUAUUGGGUAGUGCACCGGGGCUUCCCCAUGCCUUGCUCCGGAGACGUGCUCAGCUUCAGCCUGCUGCCCAGCGGAGAGGUGCACCACGGGGUGAACGGAGUGGGACGUGGCCGGCUGCUCUGUGUGGACUCCUCUCAGGUCCUGUGGACCUUCUUCACCCUGCACGGGGCUGUCAACAGACUGAGGAUACUCGGAACCGUGCAGUCCAGUCCUCCCUCCUCAUCUCCCAGCACCUCUCAGAGCAGCAGUCCAGACGACAGCGACUCAGACCUGGCGUUCAGCGUCAACAGAUCCUCCUCUGCCUCCGAGUCCUCUCUGGUGACGGCUCCCAGCUCCCCUCUCAGCCUCCCAGUCUCUCCCACUCUCACCGCCUUAGAACUGCCCUCUGCUGGAAAAAACGGAGAAUGCACCAUUUGCUUUGACCAGGACGUGGACACGGUGAUCUACACCUGUGGACACAUGUGCCUGUGCAAUGACUGUGGGCUUAAGCUGAAGAGACAGAUCCAUGCGUGCUGUCCAAUAUGCAGGAGGCCUAUCAAAGAUGUAAUCAAAACAUAUCGGCCCUGAUGGUGCAGAUGUUUAAACAGACGGGCGAGGUGAUUUUCCUUGCCGGAUGCCACCUGUGUCCCCUUGUCAGGCUCGGUUGGACACAGAUUUUGGUCCCAAUCGGAGAUUAGCCCCUCCAGGACAUAAUUGUGCCUGUAUUUCCAUUUUAAGGAUGGAUCACUUCUGGAGAUGCUCGUCAUACGCAGAUUAUGAUGCCGCUCAUCUUAUUACGUCGACUGCUGCAGGAGCUCCUCUGGUUGGUCUGAAAAAAGAAGACCCGUCUCAUGUGUUCCUGCUUUGUAUUUUCAAUGCGAUCUCUCUAGCGUCACAUGUGUUUGCUGAAAUCCUGCUGUAUAUAUUUUGUCGUUAACGCUGUUAUUCUAGCUGUAUAGUAUGUGUGCUUCAGCAGGAUAUGUGGACCGUAGUCUAUGACUUCUAGUGCCUUAGAUUUGUGUCACAUGGUGUGUCCAAGUACUUAUGCUAACAAUCCUAGCCAUAAUUUCAAUGUACGCUAAUGAACGCUUGCGGUUAAAACGAUACAUUGAUAGAGAAUUCAACCAAUAAAAGGUGUACUGAUGGUGGAAUGAUAAGUGUAUACUGAGGCUUGUUUUAGGAAAAGUAUGUUUAGAAAGUACCAAAAUAAAGUAUCUAGAUUUCCACUCAAAUGUGUGUAUUUGAGUUAAUAACAUUUCAUUUUCUAACGUCUUAAGGACGAUGGAAAGCACGUAGUGGUUAGGUCGCAGGUGGCAAAUAACUGAAUACACCUGCGUUCACCUAAAAGGUGAUCCUUCAGCUAACGUAACAGUGUUUGGUUUGUCCAUCUGCUACUGCAGAGACAAAAUGCAACAUGGCGUAGAGCUCACUGUGUAGAUAUAAACUAGACACGGCCGCAAUGAUAUUCUAAUGUUUCUCAGGUAUCCGGUGUGUAAGCAGGCUGUUUGCCCACACUUGUUAGCUGUACGACAUUUUGAGUAAAAAAUGUUGUGUAUAAGUUGUCUUAAGACAGCCCAUAUCUUUCCAAAGCCGUUUUAGCAUGAUGCUGAAGAAGUGCUGGGAGGUUCUAAAUACACACCGAGUCAGUAUUGUUAAACAUCUGCAAAGUUUUGUUGUAAAUUAAAAUUACUGAUGUGGACCAUUUUGGCGCAUAUUUAGCAGUCACACUAUUGUGUCGGUGGUGGCACUAGCUAAACUAAUUUAUUAUAAGAAAUAUAAUUAAAACCUUACUCUUAGUCGCACAAGAGUCAUGGAUAGCUUGCCUAGUUAAGCAAUUUGCUUCAAUAUCAAGCAGUUGGCAGCAUAAAGCAUAAAAAGUACCAACAUUAUUUUUCCAGCAGCCUUUCGUGUCUGCUGAGGUAUUUUCCUGAUCCUACGCGGUGUUUGCUGACAUCCUGGGAGGAGGACAUCUUUGCCUGAGGUGGAAACCAACGUUUAAAUCCGCAAAGUGUGUCCAGUUUUUCAGAAAUAGAACGACCAGCGUUUGUUUAUGUCUGCACUUCCCUAAGACCUGUCGCUUUCUACUAAGGUGCAAAAUACGUCCCCUAGGCUUAAAGUAAAGUUGUUUUCCCUUCUGCACCAUUCCUUCAUCAUUACCGGUUUUAUUGUGGUAGAAUAUGAAUAAAUCCCGUCUUUUCAGUU